CGCCCUGUAUUUAUUUUUUUAAUAGAAAGAAAUAGCAUGGUUUUACUAAGUGUCUGAGUACAGUGUUGGACAAUCUUAAAAUCCUAUAUUUUAAACCUCAAUCAAUGUAUUUAAACUUUACCUUUCUGGAGGCAACGGCCUGGCUCAGUCCAAAUAGCAUGUGACUCUUGAUCUUGGAGAUGUAAGUUCGAGCCCCAAGUUGGAUGUAGAGAUUACUUAAAAAUAAAAUCUUAAAAAAAAACCCUUCACCUUCCUAUUAGUUCGUCAGAGCUGAUUUUUAGAGGAAAUUCGUGCCAAAUAAUAUUUCCAAAAUUAAGUCAAGUAAUAAUUAUGUCCCCCAAGAUUCCAGGAACAAUAUCUGGUUAACAUUAAGUCAUCCAUUUUGGUUUUGAAAGUUUUUCAUCUUGUUUUCUGUACAGAGAAGCAGUGUCAGCCCCAGGUUUUGUUUAGUUUUGCAGUCAAACACAUUGGUCAAGAGUCUUCCAUCCUUUAGGAGAUUGGUAAUAUUUUCCUGUGACAUGGGGAAUUUUAUCACUUACUAAAGUUUUGAAUAGUAAAGGCUUCAACUGAUCUAUGCAUUUCAAAUUGUUGGGUUUGAUCUAGUUACAAGUGGAGAGGAAAAAUUCAGUAACCAUCAAUAGCAUCAAAAGAAUGGUAUAUAGGCAUUUAGUUUCCUUUUCCUUCCCAUACAGUGAGGAAGAUUCUAGGGUUAGUGUCUCAACUAUAUUUAUAUUAUGUAAGGCUAAAUCAAAGCCUCACAUUUCCUUUACAAUACUGUUGCCUGAACAUCACCACAGAGCGGCAUCACAGGAUUGGGAAGUAGUGCUUUUCAUGAAGUCACCACACACAUACAAUCAUAACACAUCAGAGCAGAAAACACUUAUUAACACAAAACAAAAUGGCUUAAGGAUUCAGCAACACUGAUCUUUCUAAUUUUCCUCCUUUAGGAAGAAAGCACAAAACCUUUGAACUCAUAGUCACCUAAAGGCUGAGGUUAGCUUGCCAGGAGCAGGUUUGAGAGAUGAGCUAAUAUCAGGGGACAGAUGUUUUCUUUUACAUGUAACACCCCAUUAUGUAUUGUUCUCCACCACCCACGCCCAAACGUCUAUUCGACCUAUGAAACAGACUGCACCAGAAGCACAGAUAACCCCAGGUUUCAGGUCUGUAAUCUGAUCGUGGCCAUCGGCAGCCAGAAAUGAGUUUCUUUCUAAUCAGCUUUCCAUCAGUCCCCAGUCACUCAUAUAAAGGAGCCUGGGGAGAGGACGAUUCUCAUUGCUCUUUCUUCAGCACCAGGGUUCUGGACAGAGCCUGGAGCGGGCUGCUAUUCCUACACCCCUUCCUCUCUCAGUCUCCACCAGCCCUGCUACUGCCCCUUUAGUCCCCCCUGCUGCAGAGAAAGAAAAUUACAUCGGGAUCCAUGCAGCCGGCAAUGAUGAUGUUUUCCAGUAAAUACUGGGCAAGGAGAGGAUUUUCUCUGGAUUCAGCGGUGCCCGAAGAGCAUCAGCUCCUUGGCAGCUUAACAUUAAGUAAAGCUAACUCUGGCAAAAAGGAUGAUAAAAAAAGCAGCAAGGGAAACAGCAGAAGUGAAACCAGUCCCGAAGGCGGCAAAACAGCUGUGGUAUUCUCACUGAAAAAUGAAGUUGGCGGAUUGGUAAAAGUGUUGAACCUCUUCCAGGAAAAACAUGUCAACAUGGUUCAUAUUGAGUCCAGGAAAUCCCGGCGAAGAAGUUCAGAGGUUGAAAUCUUCGUGGACUGCGAGUGUGGCAAAACCGAAUUCAAUGAGCUCAUUCAGUUGCUGAAAUUUCAAACUACAAUUGUGACGCUGAAUCCGCCAGAGAACAUUUGGACGGAGGAAGAAGAACUAGAGGAUGUGCCCUGGUUCCCCCGGAAGAUCUCUGAGUUAGACAAAUGCUCUCACAGAGUUCUCAUGUAUGGUUCUGAGCUUGAUGCCGACCACCCAGGAUUUAAGGACAAUGUCUAUCGACAGAGAAGAAAGUAUUUUGUGGAUGUGGCCAUGGGUUACAAAUACGGCCAGCCUAUUCCCAGGGUGGAGUACACAGAGGAAGAGACCAAGACGUGGGGCGUCGUGUUCCGAGAGCUCUCCAAGCUCUAUCCCACUCAUGCUUGCCGGGAGUAUUUGAAAAACUUCCCUCUGCUGACUAAAUACUGUGGCUACAGGGAGGACAACGUGCCUCAACUUGAAGACGUCUCCGUGUUUCUGAAAGAAAGAUCAGGCUUCACCGUGAGGCCGGUGGCUGGAUACCUGAGUCCGAGAGACUUUCUGGCGGGACUGGCCUACAGAGUGUUCCACUGUACUCAGUACGUCCGACAUGGCUCAGACCCCCUCUACACUCCGGAACCAGACACAUGCCAUGAACUCCUGGGACAUGUUCCACUACUUGCGGAUCCUAAGUUUGCUCAGUUUUCACAAGAAAUAGGCCUGGCAUCUCUGGGAGCGUCAGAUGAAGAUGUUCAGAAACUAGCCACCUGCUAUUUCUUCACAAUCGAGUUUGGCCUUUGCAAGCAAGAAGGGCAACUGCGGGCAUAUGGAGCAGGACUCCUUUCCUCCAUUGGAGAAUUAAAGCAUGCUCUUUCUGACAAGGCAUGUGUGAAAGCCUUUGACCCAAAGACAACUUGCUUACAGGAAUGCCUUAUCACCACUUUCCAGGAAGCCUACUUUGUUUCAGAAAGUUUUGAAGAAGCCAAAGAAAAGAUGAGGGACUUUGCAAAAUCAAUUACGCGUCCUUUCUCUGUGUACUUCAAUCCCUACACACAGAGUAUUGAAAUUCUGAAAGACACCCGAAGUAUUGAAAACGUGGUGCAGGACCUUCGCAGUGAUUUGAACACAGUGUGUGAUGCCUUGAACAAAAUGAACCAGUAUCUGGGGAUUUGAUGCCUGGGACCAGUGUCAUUGCCAACAUGAUCUUUUUGGGGCUUCGUAGUAAUUCAGUCAACGUCAUAUAACACUGAUAACUUUCUGUGUCAUGGCUUGGCUAGUAAGCAUGCAAUUCUGUAUAUCUCUAUCUACAUGUAAUCUGCUGUGUUAAUGUGUGAAACACCGUAAGGAACCCAAUGACAGAUAACCGCUCAUUGUUUGAAAUAUUGUAACCUGUUUAAACGUCUUCAAUAGAUUUGACAUUCCUACUUGGUGUCCUUAAUCAAACUGCAGCUCUUUAAAAUUUGUAACAAAUAGCCCUCUUAUGAUUCUAGCUUAUUACUUUUUCCUUCUCAGAUCUGAGCAUUUCCUCUGUGUUCAUUAGAUAAAAUGAAAAUAGCAGUGAAACUGUUUUUAUAGUCUCAGUGUUUCCACAGCAUUAUUUGAGAUAAACCCAGAAUUGUGUGAAACUCCCUUCAUGUUAACAAAGGAUUCAGUAUUCUGUUCCAAAAAGGAAAACUAGUUGAACACACUAGUUGGAAUGGGUUUUAGAUUGAGUAUUUAUACAAUGUAAGAGAAGAGAAUAUCUUACAAAUGGAACAGAUAGGUGGCAUUGACUGUGUAGAAACUGAGGGGUGGCAUGCUUUCCAAAGAAUUUUGGAAGAAAAUACUUCCAGAGGGGGGGCAUUAGGAAAGACUAAACGGUAGGCAAAAAAAUCUUGGGACUAUGAAUUUUAUGCUGGAAUAAAGUGAAUUAUCAUGCUCAGGUGUUUAGCCCAUUUCUCUUAGAGAACAAUAAUAACGUAGAGCUUUGAUUUCAGAGAUGUGGAAAUUGAGUCUCGGAGAGGUUAGGUGAUAGGCACAGUCAGUGUGCACUAACAUGUAUAGCCCGUUGCAUCCCACUUUCAGAUCACUAAGGAGUUCAGCGUGGUGGAUUUGUGUGUAGUCAGAGAUGGGAAACUAAUACUUAUCAAAACUAAUGUUUAUCACUAAGUAGGAUUUGGUUUGUGAUCAAGGGCUGCCAAUGGUACAGCCCCAAUCCAAGCCAGAUCUCUGAGGGUGUGUCCACUUUGCCCAAAGUUUGGGCAAAUUUGGGCAAACAGUAGUGAUACACCACAAAUCUCUGGUCAUCUUUGCCGUAAGAGGUAUCAUCAGGUGAUUAAGUGAACAAAUAAAAAACUGCUGAAGGAGUGAAUAAAUUUCUUCUUCUGAUUCUCUCAACAAACACAACCACUGUUCCUCUCACUCUCUGUUCGUCAUACAGAAUGCUGGGUGGAGGGGCUGGGAAAAAGUAGAGAAGAAAAAGAUGACCAAAUGAUUUUUAAGUUAACAGUUCUAAAAUAAUGACACAAUUUCUAAGAUGUUCAUUUAAUAACAAAUUGCAUAUAAUUUCAAACUAAUUGAUACUCACAUGGGCCCAUUAUGAGUCAGAAAUUUUUGGACUAGCUAUAUGCAGGAAGAACAUGAAAAGAGUGAAAAUAUGCAGUAGAGAGAGGUAAAAUGAAAAUAAAUCAGAGGUUUGAAUGGUGCUUCCUUAACUAAUGAGGAUCUUUCAUUUCUGAAGGAUUCUCAGAACAACUGAGUUUUGGAAAGGGAUUUGGUAGACAGAAUGUGAGAGUCAUGCAACUUAAAUGCUAUUUUAGAUGAAAGAGAUAGUGCCUUGAAAAAUUCUUGGUGGUAGAGAAGUGAUGAGUUAGCUGAACCAAAAGGAUCUAGAAUGAUCCAGCAGUUGUAUAUUUCAAUAAUUUUAUAGAUCCCCAAAUAGUUUCUUAUAUCUUGUUUUGCUAGAUCUAGAUGACCCUGAGUAAUUAUUUACUUUUAAAUACUAAUCUAGAACAAUAACCCAGAACAAUAAAUCCAGAAAUUUCCAGAACUAGUUCCUGAAUUUUCUCAAAGAAGAAAAUUGGCUAAGCAAUGUCUGCCUUCUGUGUUGUUUUUGUAAUUUGGUGUUGCUAUACCCGCCCUUAAAGAAAACCCCUAAGGAGCCAUCGGGUUUUUCCCUUCUAGCCCCAUGAAAGGGGAGGUUUUCAGUUAAGUGGACUGAAAGAAGAAUUAUAUUUAAUUGUGAACAAAUUCCCCCAACAAAAAUAACAUUUGAGCUAUCUUCUGAUUUGGCUUACAGGGGCAUCUUCAGGUUUUUUUUUUUUUUUUAAUAUGUGCAAAAUCUAUGUUGUUUCAAAAAUAGAAGAGUUGCAAAGUAAACAGGCUUUCCCACAGAGUUUAUAUAGGUAUCAUACACCGUGGAGGAAUUACUUGAUUCUUUUUAGAUUUGAUCUCCAUUUGGAAUAGCAGUAACGAUGGUUUUCACCAUGUGAAACAAUGGAAUCAUGGUUUUCAUUUGUUGUGAGCAUUUAAAACGGAAAUGCCAUUACAACUAAUGGUGGGAAAAAAAUCCUAUAAAAUUUAAUAGCCAUCAUAGGAAAAGUGUUGGCAGAAAAAGUCCCCAAAUGGAAAUAGUACAAGAUAAUCACAGCUAGCUUCUCAUCAUAUUUGAUACCUGUUCUGUGUAACCAUUAUGACUCAUGACUUAAAGCCAAAUUAAAUAGAAUCAAGGACAAUUAUAAAUUUGAAGACACUUGCUCACUGUUGUCUCAUUGUGAAUUGCUACUUUAUUUUGACUUUGCUAACUUCUAUAACCAGCUAAUCAGAAAUCAAUAAGAGAUUCCUAGUAAGACCAGGUUUUUAUGCAUCACAAAUUAGCAAAAGACAGCCAGAAUCUGAUUAGUCCAGUUUUUUUUUUUUUUAAGCAUUUUUAUCUGUUACGAAUUAGGGUCAGGCAUCCAAUAUAUUCUUGGAUGAUCAGUUUAUUUUGUAUAAUGAGAGCUCAAUGGAUUAUUCAUAAAUUCCAUCUUUUUUUUUUUAGACUUUAUUUAUUUAAGAGUGAGAAAGAGAAAAAGAGAGAGAGAGAGCAUGGGCAGGGGGAGGGGCAGACUCUGCUGAGCAGGGAGCCUGAAGUGGGACUCGAUCCCAGGACCCUGGGAUCAUGACCUGAGCUGAAGGCAGACACUUAACCAACUAAGCCACCCAGGCGCCCCAUAAAUUACAUGUUUUAAAGUAGGGAACUUUGACCCAAGGUUGUUAAUUUUUUUUUUUUUUUACAUUGGUGGGAAGGGUUGUGGAACUUGGGUUUCUGGCUUAGUCUCAUUUAUUUACUGUGUAAUUUAGAAAUGAUGCUUUAUGGGGAUGAUAUAUCUGUGUUUGUCUUGCUUGUACAUAGUAAAUGGGCCUGUGCCUAAUGAAUGUAAAGUAUUGCGACAUUUACCAACAUGAAAAGUCUAAAAUGAAAAAACAGUGUGCUUUAAUGUGGAAGCAAAUAGA